GGGGCGGCUGUGCAGCCUUGGGUGAGAGAGGUAGUGUGAGGGUGCGAAAGGUGAUCCUGACUGAGGGAGGGGACGCUGUGACGGGCGCCCCCAUCCUAUGGAGCGGAGUAAGAUGGCGGAGGCGGAGAGCCUGGAGACGGCGGCAGAGCACGAGCGGAUCCUGCGAGAGAUCGAGAGCACCGACACGGCCUGCAUCGGGCCCACGCUCAGGUCUGUCUAUGAUGGUGAAGAACAUGGACGAUUCAUGGAGAAGCUUGAAACUCGAAUACGCAAUCAUGAUCGCGAAAUUGAGAAAAUGUGCAACUUUCACUACCAGGGCUUUGUGGAUUCUAUUACUGAGCUGUUGAAAGUGAGAGGAGAAGCUCAGAAACUCAAAAACCAAGUGACGGAUACUAAUAGAAAACUACAGCAUGAGGGAAAGGAACUGGUAAUAGCGAUGGAAGAGCUGAAGCAGUGUCGACUACAACAGAGAAAUAUUUCUGCCACUGUUGAUAAAUUAAUGCUGUGUCUUCCAGUUCUAGAGAUGUACAGCAAACUGAGGGAACAGAUGAAAAUGAAAAGACAUUAUCCUGCACUGAAAACUCUGGAACACCUAGAGCAUACCUAUCUGCCUCAAGUAAGCCACUAUCGAUUCUGCAAAGUGAUGCUGGACAAUAUCCCCAAGCUACGAGAAGAAAUAAAGGAUGUUUCUAUGUCUGAUCUCAAAGAUUUCCUGGAGAGCAUCCGCAAGCAUUCAGACAAAAUUGGAGAGACUGCAAUGAAGCAAGCUCAACAGCAAAGAAAUUUGGAUAACAUUGUCUUGCAGCAACCCAGGAUAGGUAGUAAGAGAAAAUCUAAGAAAGAUGCAUACACAAUCUUUGAUGCAGAAAUGGAAAGCACUAGCCCCAAGUCUGAACAGGAUUCAGGAAUUCUCGAUGUGGAAGAUGAGGAAGAUGAUGAAGAGGUACCUGGGGCCCAAGAUUUGGUGGACUUCUCUCCUGUUUAUCGAUGUCUACAUAUAUAUUCUGUCUUGGGCAGCUCUAAUGAAAGAAAGUCCUGCUUUGGGCCUGCUGUGCAAAUUAGCCAUAUGGUGAAGUGUGAUAUCCCGCUGAACAUCAUUAUGGGGCCCUGUGAAAACUUUUUUGUGGUUGAAGAUCACAUCUUGCAUACAACACAGGGCUUAGUAAAUAGAGCCUACAUUGAUGAACUAUGGGAAAUGGCACUUUCAAAAACCAUCGCAGCACUCCGUACCCACUCGUCUUACUGCUCUGAUCCAAACCUUGUGUUAGACUUGAAGAACCUCAUUGUGCUUUUUGCUGAUACGCUUCAGGUAUAUGGUUUUCCUGUAAACCAACUUUUUGACAUGCUGUUAGAAAUCAGAGAUCAGUAUAGUGAAACUCUGCUGAAGAAGUGGGCAGGUAUUUUCAGGAACAUACUUGAUUCAGACAACUAUAGUCCCAUACCAGUAACAUCUGAAGAGAUGUAUAAAAAGGUGGUAGGACAGUUCCCAUUCCAAGAUACAGAGCUGGAAAAGCAACCAUUCCCAAAAAAGUUUCCUUUCUCUGAAUUUGUGCCAAAAGUUUACAACCAGAUUAAAGAAUUUAUCUAUGCAUGUCUGAAGUUUUCAGAAGAUCUUCAUCUAAGUUCUAAGGGUGCCCGAGAAACAUUUGAGAACUAUUACCGAAAACAGAGGCGAAAACAGGCUCGUUUGGUACUCCAGCCUCCAUCUAACAUGCUUGUUCAGAUUAUUAUCAACACAACACACCUGGAGAAAUCCUGUAAAUACUUGGAAGAAUUCAUCACAAAUAUCACUAAUGUGCUUCCAGAAACAGUCCACACCACCAAGCUUUAUGGCACAACUACUUUUAAGGAUGCUAGGCAUGCAGCUGAAGAAGAGAUUUAUACCAAUUUAAAUCAGAAGAUUGAUCAGUUUCUACAGCUAGCAGACUACGACUGGAUGACAGGAGAUUUACACAACAAAGCAAGUGAUUACCUAGUAGACCUCAUUGCCUUCUUGCGCAGCACCUUUGCUGUAUUCACACACCUGCCUGGAAAAGUGGCACAGACUGCAUGUAUGUCAGCUUGCAAACAUUUAGCCACAUCCUUGAUGCAACUUUUGCUGGAAGCUGAAGUAAGGCAACUCACCUUGGGAGCAUUACAGCAGUUCAACCUGGAUGUCAGUGAAUGUGAACAGUUUGCCAGAUCCGGCCCGGUGCCUGGGUUCCAGGAGGACACGCUGCAGUUGGCCUUCAUCGACUUGAGACAACUUUUGGAUCUUUUCAUUCAAUGGGAUUGGUCAACCUACCUUGCUGACUAUGGGCAGCCCAACUGCAAGUACCUCCGUGUAAAUCCAGUAACAGCUCUGACCCUGCUUGAGAAGAUGAAGGAUACUAGCCGCAAGAACAAUGUGUUUGCCCAGUUUCGGAAAAAUGAACGAGACAAGCAGAAAUUGAUUGACACUGUGGCCAGGCAGCUCCGAGGACUCAUCAGCAGCCACCACUCGUGAAGGCUGGCCUAGGCCCACAGAGGCCUGCACUUCCUCAGUCUAGGAUCCAGCCCAGGCUGCUCCUGCAUUUGUGCAUUCUUCCUCAAAAGAGAGCAUAUUAUUUUUUUAUUAACCCCUGUACAGUAUUCACAUAGCCUUUCCCUACAGUAAAAGAGGCAUAAGAAUAAGCAAAUACAUAAGAUGUUGCUAGGCAGGGACUCAGGGGAAGUGAUUACAACACUAUCUGUAUUAUCCUAGGAGGGUGGCAUCAUCAUUCUCAAUGUGGUGAACCACUUUUCAUCCAUCUGUGGCUCUAGAGUUUAGAUCUGAGGCCCAGGAGUUACAUAAACUGAGAAGGUAAUUGGGCUGGGAAAGUGAGGUGAGUAAGCAAAAAGAUAAUGAAAUAUAUCCUGGCUCUUGGGUGUCCCAUUCACCAUAUAGAUGAGGAAGCUGAUCCUUCCUGGCACCAAAGGACCUGGGAAACAUUACUGUUUAAUGACACUAAAGACCACACAAUUCUACAUGUCCAUCUCCUCUGUCUUCUGACUUUCACUAGGUGGUAAACAAGCAGGGUGUAUGGCAAGAUGACAGAUUCACUCCAGCCCCCCAAGGAUGACAGUUUCUUUAACCCAGAUCUAACACAAGACCUCUACUGCUUAUUUUUCUGGGUCAACGUAGCUGAAUAGGAAGCAAUCAAACUUGGACUCCAUGGUGAACUGCAGGUUUUUUUCAUGCUGGGAGUGUUGAGUUUCACUCUGCCUAGAGCAUUUGUCUGGAUCUCGAAAGCCAGUUUGAAUCAGAGCCCUGGCUCCUCCUCAUUCAUCUCAUUCCCUUCUGUCAUGGUGAGAGCACUUGAUUCACAGGUCAACAGUUACUGCCAUAAGUUCUCACAGAGAGUGUUAGACUUGCCUCCUCCAGCAACAUCACUAAAAUCAAUUGAGUCUCUUAUGCCUGAAAAUAACCCUGUACACUUUGAGAAAAUCUGAGACUUACUUAGGAUUGUUCAUUCACGUUUUCAAAACAGCAUUCUUCCCACCAUCUGUAACAGAAAUAUGACUAGCUCUACACCGUAGACUAUAUACCUGGAGUGGUGGAUCUACCACCACCAAGAAGUGAGAUGGCCAACUAUGGCUCACAGCUCGUUGCUUCUGGCCAAACCAAUGUUUACUGAGUUGUAUGCUGGAUACGAAGCUCUUCCUGCUGAAGCUCAAGGCUUCCAUCCUUUUCUGAGAGCCCCAAAGCCAUCUUUUGUCCUCGUCUGAGAACAGUUGCCUGUAAUCCUAUCCCCCAAACUCUUGAGCCUGGGCUUAGCUUGGAGGCUAUAAUAAUUGUUGCAGAUGGACUCCUGAGACUUCAUGCAAGGACUUUCCCUUGAGGUCAGUCUGAGGAACCUACAUACUAAGACACUGCAGGAGGAUGUAACCAAGGCAACUGGGAAGAAUAUCAAUGAGCUUCAGCAAGCAGAGACAAGCACACAAUUAUUUCCACCUUGGAUUACCGGGAGGAGAGAUUCAUCCACAGAAGCCUUCACUACCUUUCUUGGCUACUGAGUUGCUUCUGGGGAAAGCAGAACUUCCUUUUUUGUUCCUACUCCUAUCCACAUCAUAUCCUACCACAAUUUGACAACCACUGGGGAAGAGAAUGUGCACACAGUUGUAUAACCUCCUCGAUACUGGAGAGAUGAGACAACAAAUGUGUUCCUGUAGAAUCUUGCCAAGAUUCAUUCUGGCCCAGAGUUUUAGGAUGAGGGUCACAGAACAGCAAUGCCACUCAAAACUUGAUACCAUUUUGGUAACAAGACAAGAUGGUAUCUCCCAGCCAUGAAUUUUGUUGAAAAGGAUAAGAUAUAAUUACACUAACUUGAAGUCCUAUUGCUUGAGAAAGAACUAAGAUCCCCUCCUUCACUAGUAUUCAGUUUGCAGCAAAUCUCUUCAACUUUCAAUGCUCUGGAGAGAAUGGAAAGAAUAUCACGCUUGUCUUUUUCAAGGUAUUAUUGCUGCAUUGCUCUUCAACCUCUACCUUCAAAGAACCAUACUGUUUAGGAAAAGGGAAUAGGGUGGAGGAAUAGAGACUACUUCUGCACAAAAGUCCUGCUAAAGAGAAUGCUUAUUCAAGUGCAAGACUCAUAUGACUGUACUUUUUUGGGGUAUCUGCUCUUCUCUCUCAGUAUGCCUCUAUUCUAACAAAACAAACAUAAAACACAACAUGCUGCUUCUGAGUGGUAUUAGAGUUAUAACUGUUGGGGAGUCCUGGAAGAUAAAAAGAUAGGGUCCAUGUAUGUCAAUGUUUUUUGACUCAAUGAAGUGGGAAAUUUUUAGUUUUAUCUGUAGGGCCAUAGCUGAGUUAACAGUUAAGAGGACUUGUGCCUAUGCCCCUCAGACUCCUCAUAUCUGGCCUCAAAUGCCUACAUGCCUAGAAGUGCCCUGGAGGACCUUAGUAAAGGGGUGGGAAUAUGGAUGUCUUCUGAUCAUCAUGAAUCUUUGGUCAAGUUGCUGGGAAAAGAAGGUCCAUGUUCCUGAGGACUCUGAGACCCCGCUGGACUUCAGUGAUUAAAUAGAGGCAGCUUGCUUAGUUUUAGCAUUCAUAGGAAAAUCUCUUUGAGAAGACUAGAUGAAGCUGUUGAAAUAUAGACAAACACGACCUGAAUAUUAGAAUGAGCAGAGUCCCUUUAGGCAAAGGGGAUGUAUACAGCUUCCAUGGAGUAUGCCCCAGGAAUUUCAUUGCAUAAUAGGCCUUACAGUCUCCCGAUCCUCAAAAUUGUUCUAGAUUCUCUACAUACUUGCUCAGCAAGUCCCAGACCUGGGGGAGUAUUGGCACAUGUCUCCGAGUGCAUGCCCUGGGUCAGGCUUCAGAAGCCCCCUCCCUGAGCCUCCCCUCUGGGAUUCUCUCUCUGUUUCCAUUGCUUCUUUCUUUCUUCUCUCCUUCUCCCUCCCUCCCUCCUUGCCCAGCUUUCUUCUUUUUCUCCUUUGCUUUUCUUUGCCUGCAUUUGUAAUUACUUUCCACUGUUGUGUCAGAAAUGGCUUUUUAUUUUGCACAAAGUUAAAUUUAUGGGGAGGAUUUAGUAAAGUCCAUUUUUAACUGUAAAGGGAGCUUUUUCUCUAAAAAAAAAAAACUCAGUAGUAAAGCUACUGCAACAGAUGGGCCGCAUGGUGAGGGAUAGCUCCUCUGUGGAAAGAGCAUGUUUGUUCUUCUUGUAUAUUUUCCUCCUUUAACUGCUAUUAAACAAGAGAGCCUACAUACCUGUUUCAAAAGCCAGUGUUGUCUCAUGGGUGUUUUGUUCUUUCAUCCCUUUACACAGUGUAGCUGUGGUUGGUGACAG